AAAUGCCUUAAGGUAUGUUCUUUUAGCAGUCAAAAUGUUUGACCUUCUUUCUCAAGUUAUUAAAACGUACUUCUGACCAACUUUACUGUUUGUGCUAACACUCUAAUAUUUAUGAUGUGGGAGUUAUAAGAGGAAAAAUGUGAACAUUGGAAGGGAAUAAACGUCACGGAAAUAGUUACUAAAAUUGUUAAGGACUGAUUUAAUGGAAUAUAAUUCGUAUAAAACAGAUAUGAAGGUUGCUUUACAGAAGUAUCUAGAACGAACCAUUUUGUUCGUAUUGUGCAUGUGCGUAAUGUGUUUGCUAAUACAGAACAGUUUGUUACAACAGUCCCGCACGGGCUAUCUAAUCAUUCAUCAGAACGGUGAGUCGUUCCGGGUGAGGUCUAGGAAAUAUUUAGAGACUGAUACAUUAACAAACAGUGGUCAACAUCUUGCUUAUAAACGGUCUGAUGAAGAUGAUAACCUCACAACUACGCAAUCACCGUUUCAAGAUACUUUACUGCAAUGGCGCCAAUAUGAAAGAGAGGCUCUGGCUGUGUUUAUCUUGAGCGCCAUUGGCUCAAAUUCUACAACAAAGGGAGGCUACAAACGUGAAAUUAAAUUGAACGGUUGGGAGGCUAUGAAGCACCGGUUGGCGAGCAUCAAGUGCUGUGUUUUAUGGAAUACUGAUAAAUUUUCUUACUUUAAAGAUCCUGAGAAAAUAUUCUGGAAAAGUAGCAGAUUAGCUGCAACACAAUUUACAUGUCCCAUUCGAGGACCUUUAGUAGACGUAAGGGGUGUAACUCUUGAGUUCAGAAAGAAGCCAUGUCCGAGGGACGAAUCUGUGUAUGUGAAACCAUUUUUGCCAAAACUUCAACCGAAAGAAUCAUUUGCAAUUUGUGUAAAAAUAGUUUACGGUGUGGUAGAUAUGAAGCUGCUGGUAGACUGGAUGGAAUAUUACCGUGAAAUGAAAGUAGACAAAGUAUUCAUGUUUACGUAUAAUUUAACUAGAAACAUAGAAACAGUUCUACAGCAUUAUACAAAUACAGGCUUCUUAGAAAGAAGACAUUUUGAUUUUCCAUGGAAGAAAGAUGGUUUAAUGAAGCGGGAGAUCGGUGUAAAGAUGCCGAGUGUGUGGCAAGAUGAACAGGUGGUUGUGUUCGAUUGUUACCAGCGUCUCCAAGGUUACACUUACAUCUCCAUUAUUGACCUUGACGAGUUUCUGUUACCAAGAAAACACAGCAACAUAAAGAAAAUGAUGAAUGAUAUCACUAGACAGUACCCAAAAGCUGCUGGAUUUACACUUAAAAGUUUUAUUUUCGCAAAAGAUUGGAAUAAAACUGUAGCUACUAGUGGUUCUGACAUUGUGCAAUAUUUACGGAGAACACCGGCUCUCUACACACGACAGAAAAAUAUCCUUAUUCCAGGGCGGGUUCAACCAAAAAGUCUCGAUACUCACGAGUUUGAGCCCGAGACUGGAUAUGAAAGAAUAAAACUACCGGAGUCUACAGCUGCACUAAAUCAUUACCGCACGUGCUAUUCCGACUUCCGGAAAUUAUGCAGAAACAAGAAAAAGAGAAUUUUUGAUAAAGCAAUUUUAAAUGUGGUUGAUAGAUUUCGAAAUAGAACUUUAUGGAUAAAUGAUGUUGGUAUUUCAUGAUUUAAAGAUUAUGUUUCGUUAGGUAUUCAAGUUAUAAAUGACUGGAGGAAACUUAAAAUACAUUCAAUCACCGCGAGAACACUCGUGCGGCGAUUUGCAAAAUCACGUGGCAGCAGCAAGAAAAAUUAAAACACGAGCGCUAUCAAUAUUUUAUAAAUGUGUGUAAGAUAUUUUAACUUAACUGGUACUGUGUUAGCGUAUUUUGUCUAAACUUUAGUUGUUUUAUUAUUUAUAUACAAGUGGCGUUAUUCUUACCGGUAUUUCUUCUGUUUAUGUGUAUAGUACGUGCCUGUAAUAUGGAGUUCAUUUUAGCUUGUGAAUUUGAAAUUUUGCUAUCAUUAGAUCUGAUAAAAACAACAAAUUAAAAGCUGUUUCUUUACUGAAAUGGUUCUGUUAUUUACAACGUCACAUUCCGCAGGUGUUAAAACGUAUUUUUUUUGCAAUUCUUUCAUUUAUGUCUUAGAAUUAUUAUUAGCAUUUUACAGUAACGUUUUGUAAGCCAAGAUAGAUAAAUAGCUAAAUAAUGUAAAAAGAACGAUUUAUAAGAAGAUUGGUUGUUACAAUAUCAGUGCUGCAUAUUGAAAUAAAUGUUUACGAUCUCCUAAUUUUGUUGCUCUACAAUGUUACUUUUUAAAAACACAAAAUGCUAUCUUGUUUCUUUUAUAUAUUUUCUCAUUUAUAAUAUGAGCCGCGUCAUGACAAAACCAACAUAGUGCGUUUGCGACCAGCAUGGAUCCAGACAAGCAUGCGCAUCCGCACAGUCUGAUCAGGAUCCAUGCUGUUCGCUAUUAGUUUCUCUACUUGUAAUAGGGUUGGUAAGCGAACAGCAUGGAUCCUGAUCAGACUGCGCGGAUGCGCAGGCUGGUUUGGAUCCAUGCUGGUCGCAAACGCACUAUGUAUGUUUUGUCAUGACGCGGCUCAUAUAAUGGUUAUCCGAUUAUUCAUUCAUUUACAGGAAAACAAGGGAGGUAACUAAAGUAUUAGUAUUUAACUGGCGUUUUCAAUAAAUUUAUCAAAUUAAAAAGUGAUCUUUUUAACUGUUCACAACAAAAAUGACCAUGAACGGUGAAUAUUUGUUGUUUAUGUUGUCGCUGUUGUUUAGUCACGUUAUAUAAAGAAUGAAUCUGACAUUUAUUUCAGUUCAUAUAAACUUUUUUAAGACACUCAUUAAGAACAAAUGAUCGUUUGCUCACUCAUUGUCAUGUGUAUGUUACUUUUCCAGUCCUUCCAAAUAGUCAAGUGAUACUUCCUAUGGACUAAAGAUUUAUUCGUUAUCUGUUAUAUAACUUAUAUUUUAUGAACAGAAUAA